AUGGAUGAAGAGACCUUUAAAUGCUGGGCGUCUAGGCCAGACGCCUGUAGAUGUUGUUUAUCCGCGUGUGGCAUAUGGAAUAUCAACUUGGUUCGCGAAUCAGAAUUUGGGGUCAAAGAAAUUUAUUCGGAUAUGUUGCAGGAAUGUUUCGAUAUUAUUCUGUCUGACUGCAAUUCAGAGAAACUGGCAUGUGAGAUGUGCAUUGCACGAUUGAGAGAUGCAUUGGCAUUCCGCAGGCAGAUACUGCACGCUGAAGAGAUAUUCAUUCAGUGUCGGGAAGCGUCAUCACAUUUGCAAGAAAUAAAGAUGGAGGUUGAUACAUUCUAUCCGGAAGGUUCCGGUAACAAUCUAGAUGCAUUCAGUGACGAUGACAACAAGGACGAGUUAUUCUACACAGAAGACGAUCCUAUCAAAACGGAACCGGAAAUGGAAUGCAAAAGAAAAUUAAAAAAAGCACAGAGUAAAAAACCGAAAACAGCGAAAAAGAGAACCAAGUCUGACAUAAAAGAUAAGAAGGCAGCAAAAAAAGUCAAACUUUCCGAAGUAAAUAGGCAGAGUAAAAAUUUAGAAGAGUCCACUUGUGAUAUACAAGGACAUGUUAUUGCAGACACAAGGAAAACUGAAACUGCACAAAAACAGCCACGCAUCAGACUGAAACGCCGCAACGGCGUUCUAAAACGGCCAAAAUUCACCACAAAAAUGUCGGCUGAAAGCUACGAAGACAAUCGACAGUUACGUUCAAAUAUAAUUCUAAUUUUAAAAAAUUCCACAGUUCUUCCUUUCAAAUUUCGGGGGCAAAAAUUCCACUGUUUCUACUGCACAGAACAUUACUUCCAAUAUACGGAUUUAAAACAGCAUACAUUAAUAAAUCAUUCGAAUUUAACUGAAAAAGAUAUAAUGCUAAGCCUCAAACAACCUAAAAGUUUAAUCAACGCCGAUGUCAGCGAAAUAAAAUGUCAAUUGUGUGAUAAAAACAUAAAAAAUAUAGAAGAGCUGGUCGGCCAUUUUGUUACCGCGCACAAAAAAGUUUACUUCGAAUCUGACAGGUUGCGCCCUUCGCAUGGAAUUUUAGGUUUCGACUUAAGUACAGAUAAAUAUAAAUGCGCUAUUUGCAAAUCAGAAUUUGAUUUUUUCAAAUGUUUGACGUCACAUAUGAACGUCCAUAGCAACGACUUCAUAUGCCCUAGUUGCGGAAAAUCUUUCGUAUCCGACGUAAGGUUACAAGGUCACGUGAUGCGGAGUCACAACAUAACCGAUGAUGACAGAACCUGCAAGAUAUGUAUUAAAACGUUCUCAACAAGAGGCCGUAAAGACUAUCAUAUGAAAACGGUGCACACAAAUUCUAAAUUAAAGUGCUCCGAGUGCGACGAAACUUUCUCGAACAGAAUGUUAAGAUUAAAGCAUUUAGCCGAAAUACACAAGUUCGAGAUGCCAAAAUACGAAUGUAAUGUAUGUAUGAAAGAGUUUGCGAGUCGUGGAUGCUUGUUGACCCACACUAAAUCCAUACAUUUGAAGGAUAAGGCGUAUACGUGUGAGAUUUGUAACAAGAGCUACUUUCGAAGAUCGGUUUGGAAGAGACAUUUGAAAGGACAUUAUGAUAAGAGUUAGGAACAGUCGGAUUCUUAGGUUUCUGCGAUUACUACACAUUAGGAAUGAAGUUGUUUUUUCUGGAUCUAAAUAGCGUAUAUUUGUUUUUUUCUAAACAAACCAAUGUUUCAGGCUGUAUAGGCCCCAUUGUCACUACUUACUGUUAUAUAUUAGUUCUCAGCGCCCACUGACGGGACGAUUCAGCAGGAGACCCUUUUUAUUUUUUUUAUAUAUUUAUUGCUUAUGAUCACAAGUGAUGAGACAUCUUGUUUAUAAUAUAGCAAUUUAUUAAUUUCGUUAAUAAAAUAAACUUUAAUUGUUUUGUAAUUACAAAAUAAAGAAUGAUUAUACUAAUAAAAAUGCACUUAUUUCCUUGAUCCUUCAGGUAGAUCCCUUAUUUACUAACAUCUUCCAGAAUAUUUUUUCAAUAAGUUUCACCUAUUUAUUUGGAUAGGCAAAUGUUCUUCCAUACAGCCUCUUCAUUGCAGUAUCCUUGUUUACAGUGACAGUUUACCCUAAGCUGUGACUAUACUGCCUGUCAUAUAAGGGGCCCACUAAUUAUCCAGCAUUGCAGUCCGCCAAGUAAUGCAGGAUUGUGUAGUCGCAGCGGGCAAUUAAUUCCCGAUGGGAAGUUCUCUUUUUGAUAUCGCGCGUAAAUUUGGCAUAUUGAUUCGAAAGUUAACCGAUACCCGCAAGAAAUUCAACGGAACUGACGACGGACUACAGAGCAGCUUCUACCUGUGCGACGGACUUUCAUCCUAGUUGUGAAUAAGCCACUUUAUGUAGCGACAUAAAAUGAGCUCAUUUUAUUUCUAUUAAAAUAAAAGUUCUGAUAAAUAAAUUAACCAAGGUUGUUUCUGUUUCAUUUUCGCAAUUGAAAUAUGCUCGAUUCCAAUUCCUGUGUACCCAUUAACCUUUGAUUUUAAUUUCUACGUUUGGUAAAAAUGUUAAAAACUUCUCUAGCAUGAUUCUUAAGAUUUACUGAUAAAAUUAUUUAUUCAUGGAACAAUUGAUAUUAAAUCUUAAAA